AUGAAUCUAUUAUUUAGUCUUUGUUUAUUGUCAGUUCCUAUUGGAAUAUUUGCAAAUAAUACAGAAACUGAAGUUCUAAGUCCAUUCUAUCUUCGUGCUCGUAUUCAUGAUUCGCGUACGGCCAAUGUUCAAUUUGAAAUAGCGCAAAACAAUAAUCAACGGGAAUGUCAAACCUAUGAAUUUACUAUACGUCAUAACGGUAAAAAUUCUCAUUCGAUGCCUCAACAAAAUUUAACAUUUUGGAGAAAUUCACUUGAAUUAAGGCAAUUAACUGCUGGCAAAUAUAAUGUUUGUGUUAUUAUAUGUUCAGAAUAUUUAAAAUCAAAUAAUUCAUAUGAUGAAAUAUUGAAGAAAAACGAAUCUCUAGAACCUAUAACAGCUUGUGUUACUAUUCAUGUCUAUCGUUCGCAUUUUCUUUUUCUUACACUUUAUAUAUUGGUUUUUAUUAUUCUUGUUUUUUCACAAAUUACUUUUACAUUACGUAAGCGAAAAUUUCAAGCUCGAAUUAAACAUGGUCUGACUGAAUUUGAACAUAUUUUACAUAAAUGGCACGCAGCGCAAGAGCAUAUGACUUCUACUGUUCGACGACAUUCAUCUUCUACUUUCCAUGAUCUGCUUAUACAACCAGCUUCGUCUAUUGAACAUUCGAUUGCAUCAUUGCUUCAUCUGACAGCUGAAGAACAUCAACUACCACAUCCUACUGUCGUUCCUUUUGAAAAUUCAAAUGAUCUUCAAGAACAACCGAAAACAUUUGAAACAGAAUAA